AUGAGUAUGACCUGGCGCGAAACCUAUGGAGGGGACGCACGUAAGAAACAGCGCAAGCUCCGCGUAUUCUGGACCAGAGAACGAUUGGCUACGUGGUUACAAGCCAACUACGAGGACCGACACCAGGGCGCCGAAAAGCUCCAGAAUCUUCUCUCUUUGGAUCGCAGCACCCAUAUCCUAUAUGGGACGGGUUGGUUUGGUCUCGAGCCGCUUAAUGCAGCACCGGAUGGGGCCUGGAUGAAUGUUCAGUCUGAUGGCUACGGCCGGGAGAGCGGGAUGCUCCUGUUGAGCUUACCACUCCUCCGCAGCUCUCUCAGAUCCUCGACUCUCGAAAGUGAGCGCCUGACAGUCUGA